UUUGGAUAAGAGUGGAAAAAGUAAGCUCUUGCAUUGAUAUACGUGCCAAGCGUGAAGUUUAUGAAUGAAACGAAAGAACAAAACAUCCAUGUAAUCCUCUGCACGUGAGUAAUCGCGCGCUCGUCACGUGACGGGACUGUCGCUUUGCAGUCAUGGCCGACGACUACAGACGAAGCGUCGAGCUGGAGAGGAGGAUUUUUGAGUUAGAUAACAAGUGUGCCACUCUUCGGACGGAGAAACCAGAUGAUGACUACUUACAGAAUGCAUCUUCCAUACUAGACAAGUUGAAAAGCUAUUAUAGACAUGGAGGAGAGAGCAGCAGCCUCCCUAAACUGCUGCAGGAUUAUACACAGGUUGUCUUGGACAUUACAUUCUAUGAGGAAAACAGGCUUGUAGAUCAGGAGUUUCCUGAGGACACUUCCCCUUUCAAAAUCCAGCAGUUGCUACAGGACUUUACCGAGCCAGAGGACUUGACCGAGCCAGAGGUGUUAGCUGGGCGACUGGUGCCUGCACAAGAGGUGCAGUCUGUGCUGGGGCUGGAGCUGCUGGAGUGCCUGUACUGGAGGCGUGGGGCAUUAUUAUAUAUGUACUGCCACACACUACACCAACGCAAGCAAUGGAUCAAGAAGAACAAAGCCACAUUCCUUAAGUGUCUUCAAGAAGGUGUGCGUUACCUUAUGAGAAUGUUGCAAGUGAGGAACUCAGUCAAGCUGAACGAUGGUGUGGUUUUUCAUGACUCUGCAACCGCCAAUUUUCUGGCAGAAGGUAUCUUUUCUGAUACCCACUUGCUUACAAUGAUGUACAUUGGUGAGAUGUGUUUCUGGGCAGUGAAAUAUGAGGACUGCAGCAUGGACACCACAGAGCGCAAAGAGGACAGGCUUCAUUUCCGAGAUAUUGGCACACAAAUCCUCCAUAAGUACGUGCUGGCAUGCGAGGGGCCACUUCAGGGUCAGGGCUGGAACACCGAGAAUGCCAAGGAGAUCCUUAAUAUUUUACAGUAAACCAGGAGAGAGCUUUUAGGAGAGGUUCACAAAAUGUCAUUGUUCAGAUGCUAGCAAAAAAAAGUAAAAAAACAAACAA